AUGGACGACCUGUACAACACAUCUUCUGUCCUUCUAAUUGACUUUGAUCUCUCUCCUGAAAGUGUCGCUCCCGCAUUCCUUUUUGCAACUCUGAGCUACAUGGUCAUACUUUUCUGCAACCUUAUUCUAAUCCUCACCAUUGUACUGAACAAAUCUUUGCACCAGCCCAUGUACAUCAUUUUGCUGAACCUUCCUGUCAACGACCUUAUAGGCUCCUCUGCGCUCUUUCCACAGGUCAUUAAAGGAAUAAUGUCAGACAGCAGGACAAUACAAUACUCAAGUUGUGUUGCCCAGGCGUUUUUUAUCCACAUCUAUGCAGCAGGCACAGUGUUUAUUCUUACAGCUAUGGCGUAUGAUAGAUACAUUGCCAUUUGUUUCCCUCUGAAAUACAACACUGUUAUGACUAAUGCUCACAUUAUGAGAAUGAUCACAACUGUCUGGCUGACUUGUUUAGUUUUAAUUGGUGUGUUAUUCUAUCUGCUUUUGCGUUUACCCCGCUGUCGAUCUGAAAUCACACACCCCUACUGUGAUAAUCCCACGUUACUGUCUCUGGUCUGUGCCAACACGGCCAUCAAUAACAUUUACGGGCUUUUUAUUGUCGCUUUUUCACAGGUGAUAGCUAAUGGAGUGAUUUUGUAUACAUAUCUCCAGAUCCUUGUUGCGUGCUUCAGAUCCAAACAGCAGGACACAAGAGCCAAAGCUCUGCAGACCUGUGCUACACAUCUCAUCGUUUUUCUCCUGUUGGAGUGCCUCGGACUCUUCACCAUUAUAUCAUACAGAAUAAAGAACAUUUCACCGCAUUUAAGGAGAUUCAUGGGAUUGGCGACUUUAAUUUUCCCACCAACAUUGAAUCCAAUCAUCUACGGUCUUAAAACAAAAGAGAUCCGAGAAAAAGUUGUGCACUUUUUUACAAAUAAAAUCCUUCCAUGUUAA